AGUGACCGGCUUACGACCGCACCUUUGCAUCAUGAGGUGUCUCCUGUUUGCAUUUCCCGCUGAGGCCCUCUUUCACCAGCGCUCCUGACGGACGAUUAGCGAAGCGCGGGAAAGUUGACGGCCCGUUAACCUCUGUUUACGUUUCACCACAGUUGACGGAUCCCUUAAAGUCCUUAACGGCUCGUUAACUUUAGUGGGCCGCCUCCCGGCCCUUUAGCAGCCCGUUAAAGCCGUCCUAACCUUUUGGCAGUGGUUGUUGUCGUCUUAAAUUGAGGUGAAUUGUUUAUUGUUGAUCCAAAUACCCAAUUAUUCAAAGGCAUCCCAACCUUUUGACAUUUGUUGUUGUCGUCUUCUUGAGUUGAAUUGUUUAUUGUUCAUCGAAAUAUCAAACAAAGUAUUAUAAUACAAGUUUAAUAGAGGAUGUUACGUAUGCGACCUGCCCUUCGAAGAGCUAUUGAUUUGCUUCUUGAAAGUGACAGUGAUGAAGAAUUUGAGGACACAAGAAGGCCUAGAUUUAUUCGUGAGCGAUGUGCUCACUUUGAAGACCUGGACGAUGUUGAUUUUGUCAGAAGGUUCAGACUGUCAAAAAGAUGUGCUUUGAUUGUGUUGGAACUUAUUGAACAAAAAUUAGAGUUUGAGAGUGACAAGAAUUUCUCAGUAUCUCCUAUAAACCAGCUGCUACUAACCCUGAGAUAUUAUGCCACGGGUUGCACUCAAAUAUCUGCUGGAGACUUCAGUGGAGUAAGUGAGUCCACAUCACACCGUAUCAUUCAUCGAGUAUCAUCAGCAAUAGCUGAACUUUAUCGGCAGUUUAUUUAUUUCCCAAGAAAUGAACGAGAAAAGCAGGAGACUGUUGGUGCCUUUUACGCUAUUGCAAGAUUUCCACGAGUAAUUGGUGCAAUUGAUUGCACUCAUAUAAAAAUUCGCUCACCUGGGGGUGAGCAUGCAGAGUACUACAGAUGUCGGAAGGGUUACUUCUCAUUGAAUUGUCAGGCAAUAUGCAAUAGCAACCUUGAGUUUAUGGACUUAGUUGCUCGUUGGCCCGGCAGUGUACAUGAUGUGACAAUUUUUGAUAACAGUACUCAGAAAGGAAACUUUGAGGCUGGGCUGUAUGGUGACAGUUUACUUGUAGGGGAUGGUGGGUAUGCCAGUAAGAGAUAUCUCAUGAGGCCUCUUUCUGACCCUACAACACCUGAGGAACAACUGUACAAUCAAUCACAAAUUCGGACAAGGAAUCCAGUGGAACGCAUGUUUGGUGUUUGGAAGCGAAGGUUUCCUGUGCUUGCUCUGGGUAUAACAGUUAAGUUAGAUAAAGCCAUGAUAAUCAUUGUGGCUUGUGCUGUACUACAUAACAUUUUAAGAAAAAAUGGAGAUCCUCAGCCACCUGACGAUUCUGCUCUUGAGUUGCCAAUGCCUUGGGAUGCCCUGAUCGCAUAUGGACAGUAGAAUAAUAGAUUAACUAUGCUGCUGAGAGACAAGUUGCAUUUACAGAUCCUCACAGGCGAGCAUUGGUACAUGAUUACUUUAAAACUUUGAUAUUAACAAUGCCUUAAAGAACAGAAAUGUUCUAAUUGUCUUUCCUUUUACAAUAAUGUGAAUUGUACUGUGAUCAAUAAAAUAUUUGGAACAAUCCAA